UGGUAGACUACCACUUUUCAGAGAUAUAAGUCGAUUACCGUCUUUUUAUAGAAAGCUUCCGAUUUGGGGCUUUAAAUAAUAGGUUAUCAAUACACAAAUAAACGACUGAGUAAAUGCAAGAGUAGUGAAAAAAGAGAAUAAAGGUCAAUUUACGCGCAGAGUAUUCCAUACUAGAUACAAAUUAGGCAAAUGGGACCUUUUGAUAGCCUGAAACGCAGAAUCUCUAUUUUUUCCAGUGGGAGGGGGUCGAAUUCCGAAUCUACUUGGUCUGGGAGGGGUUAUAACCCCCAUCCCCUCUCCUAGACCGAUCGGUCACUGCGCUGCCUCGUACUGGUGUAAUUUACCGCUGAUAUUCAAGUGUGGGCAUGUAUGUGCAAGCUUAGAACCAGAAGGGCAUAAAUUCAUAUCCUUUAACAGAGUUAAUUCCCUCUUGCUCUCAUCACAUGGAAGUUGAACUUUAUUUUCAGCGUCUUCUUUUACCAACAGGGCAGACAAUAAUUACAGGAAAGCAACAUUGAUCUUUUGACCGCGACGUGUUUCCCGCGACAUAAGGCAAAUCUGAAAUAGUUUUCCGUCCUAUUCCUGCACAGAAUUUUAAUAUCUGUGUGCGGGCACGUAUCCUGUUCAACAAAAUAGGAAAAUGCUAUAAAGCCUUUAGCCUAUAACUAAACUUAGUCAUUUCAUGUCUGCUGGUGAAGUGGAUAUCUGAUAACUACAGGCCCUAUGACUGUAUGUGGUGCGUUGUAAAUGAUUAGGAGGGCGAUGAUAUUGUUUGAUUUUGGAGUCGAAUACAUGGACAUACAUUCAGAGUUCUCAUGUGUGCAUUUCUGAUUCGGGCGCUGAUAUCAGUAGGAUCAAUAUUCGGGUCAAUAUUAAGGUAUGUGGGAGAUGUUCUUUGCUAAUUCGUCAGAGACUUAUUUCAUAUUUCGAUCCACCUGAUAUCAACAGGUUGUUUGGCAUGCCAGAAAUCUACAGCCCCGAUGCUUAGAACCAUUUCACUGGUACUAUAGGUGUUGACAUAAUUAGAAAAAUUGAUUAAUAAUCCAAGUAGGCCUAAUUAAAAAGUUACAAACUCGCACAAGUUUUAAUCGAAGUUCGCUUCUUCUUUACAAUGUUCUAAAUGUUAGGGUUCAUCACACUUCUUCAGAUACUAUUAUUUAAACAGCAGUUGGUAUCAGUCAUGCAAGUCUAGCUGCUAUCUGUAACUGGAUGCAGUUUCAAGAUAAGUCAGUACAUACAUAAUAGGAAUUACGUAGAUGGCAUAUACUACUGAAACGUUGGAGUAACUGAUAUUUUCUGUUUCGAUUGGCUUGCCGGCGUUAAUCCCUCGAAGAGUUUUCACGCACUGAUCAACACGAAACACAAGUGGAGGUUUUCAGGCAGUACGUCGAACGUCCCUUCCUGGUGAUUUGCAUUGUUCAACGGUCAAUUGUGCAACAAUUAAGCAUCCACUUUGGACACGUAUGGUGUUGAUGUCCAGUAACGGCACCAGUCACACGGUACUCAACAGGCCUGACGAUUAUAAUACUCCGAAUUUAACCCACUUGAUAAUUUCUGAAAGAUUUUUAAAAAUAAAUCGGUAAGCAAACAUUGGUAUCAACCAUCAGCCCUCAAAAUGACGAAAAUACUUCGUUUUCUCAUGGUACUCCUGGCGUGCAGUUUUGACCUUGGUGAAAGUGCGAAAUUCCUGUUACCUGCGACCAGUCUGCUGAGCAUGCCAAGCCACUACAUGAGUCUAACAACCAUCACUAAAGCCCUGGUCGAAAGGGGACAUGAGGUGGUCCUGCUAAUCAUCGACAAGAAGGAGACCAAGGGGUUCCUACCAGGGUCUUACACUGCGAACAUCACCUACGCAAACCCGAUGACCGAUGAAGAAAUUGCUUACGUUUACAAGAUUAAAGGUUCCGCGAUGUCAAUCUUGAAAAACAGUACUUUCCUUGAAUCGGUUAUGGACCCUAGUGGACGGGACUUUCAGAAGAUGAUGUAUUUUGGUUGUUUCGAGCUCUUCAAGAAUGAAGACACCCUCCGGAAGUUGAAGCAGGAACGCUUUGAUAUGAUGCUCACUUUCCCUGUGAUGGACUUCUGUGACUCAGCGAUCGCCGCCUAUCUGGACGUACCGUAUACCCUUUUCACCGGGACGCGGCGUACUCCGGCCUUCCACGAGGACAUGGCUGGCAUCCCCAUUCCUAACUCGUACGUUCCUUUUAGUUCAUUCACGCCGUUGCUUACCGACAGAAUGAACUUCCUAGAGCGGGUCCAAAACGCAUUCUUCCACUAUGGCCUACAUCCCAUCGGGGAAUACUUUAUAACUUAUCGCCCUCUCCGUCACUUGCAACGCACCUAUGACAUCCGACAGGACCUGACUCCGUGGCAGCUGAUCACCAGGGCAGAGAUUUGGUUGUGCCACAACACCUGGGCCUUGGAACACCCGAGACCGAUUGGUCCAAACUGGAUCCCCAUUCCAGGGCUCACCAUCAAGAAACCAAAACCACUUCCAGAAGAUCUCGAGACAUUCGUCCAAGGAUCUGGAGAACAUGGGUUCAUCGUGUUCACAUUGGGGUCAAUGACGACGUCGCUUGCAUCGGACGGCAUCAACGACAUGUUCUCGAAAGUUUUCAGCGAGCUACCUCAGAGAGUCAUCUGGAGAUACGUUGGUCCAUCACCCCGUUACCUUGGCAACAACACACUCAUCAAGGAUUGGUUGCCUCAGAAUGACUUGUUAGCUCACCCCAAGGCUCGUGUGCUGAUCUACCACGGUGGCAGCGGAGGUGUCCACGAAGCCAUCCACUACGGCGUUCCGAUGCUCCUCAUGCCGUUGGCCGGUGACCAGGGACAGAACGCCAAUCUGGUAGCAGCGAAAGGGAUGGGUCUUGUCCUGGAUCCCAACGAACUGGAUGAAGCGAUACUCAAAACGGCCAUUCAUGAUCUUCUCACCGAGGAAAGGUACAAGGCUAACGUUAUGAAGGGUUCUGGUAUCCUCCGAGACCGACUAGCCAGUCCGCUCGACACGGCCGUAUUCUGGAUAGAGCACGUGCUCAAGUUUGGUGGCGAUCAUCUACGGCUACGAUCUACUGAAAUGGGAUUCAUCCAGCUCAACUCACUCGACGUAAUCGCAUUUGUAGUCGUUUUAUCAUCAAUACUUAUAUACAUUAAUUAUUUAAUCAUACGAGGGUGUUAUAGGUGCAUUUGUAAAAAGACAAGAAAACAAAAAAGUGACUAAUUGAUACACUUAUUGUAGUCACAUUUCUACUAGCUUUCUCCUUGAUAUACACAAUUAUCUCUCUAUAUUACACUGGAAAAAAUUGUUUUAAACACUUCAGAUUUAAAUAUAAACAUAGGAUUAUUUCUAGAUGAACUGUAGAUUUUUUUUCUAUAUGAACGAAACUCUUACGUAAUAACAUUCUUAGAAAUUUGAGAGCUCAUAAAACAAGGAUUUCGAUUUGGGCAACGUUUAAGUGGGCCUAGUUUAAAGACGCAUAGUGUAGUGGGCUCUCAUUGGGAAUUCGACACCAUUUGGGUGUUAUACCCGAAAACAGGCAGGUGUCGUCAGUCACCAGGAUCAGCAUUCAGUUUUUUAACAAACAGGACUUUUUUUCCCCAUGCACCAAUCGCCCCAAACGGAAAAGUCAUUAUAUCUUAAAUUUUCUUCACCCGAAGAUUCAUUUUGCAUCACUCUGACACUCAUUACGCGCCACGUAUACAUGAACACAUUUUUAAAAACGUUCUUUGACCGAGCGAAGCGAGCGAGCAAAACAAUAAUGACAAUUUUGAUAACAUUUUUACUUUAUAAUCAACACAUCAGAUGAAAUAUAUAAUUAAUAGUGUAGGCAUCUCGCUGCCGAAUACAUGAAUACAAAAAUCAUUGUGUGCGGUCAAUUCGAUGCAAGAAAAUGAGGAGAUUCGGGCAUCUCAUUGCCUAGAAUUAUCCUGUUUCUAAAUGGUGCGAGCGAGUGAAGCGAGCUUGGAUGUAAGACAAUUUUUUAUCUGUAAAAAUACUAUUUCCUCAUGAAAUUGAAUACUUAAGCGGUUUUUUACAUUCCGUUUUCACGAAAAAGACGUUUGUCCAAAAUAAUAAUUUAAAAAAUAUAUAUAUAUUACUAAAAUUCUCGGGCGGUACACCUAAAGAUGUCCUAUGACACCCCACUGUGUUGCGGCACCCCAGUUGAAAAACGCAGCACUUUGUCUACGUGACAAUCGAAUAGUCCUUGCUAAUCAAAACGAUAACGUCCUCUUAAACUCAGACUUCGAUGUUGACUCUGUCAAUCUGACUUGAGACGUGUACGCGGUAUUUCAUUAUAUCUAUAUAAACUAGUUGUAGAGGAAGGAAUUAUAAAUGAUGAUUUUUUUUAGGGGGGGGGAUAUGCAUAAAUAUAAAUAUUUUUGUAUGAAUAUGCAUGUUGUCCUUCUUGAUUAAGCUAAUAAAGCCUUAAACUUCCAAACCGUAUAAUUUUGUAUCCACACAAUAUGUUUGUAGAAUAAUUUACUGUAACUAAAAGAUUAUAUUUGUAAAGGCAUAUAUCUAUAUAUUUUUGUAAAUUGACAUGUUUUUUUUUUAAUCAGGCGAAUAAAGAAUAAAUAAAUUGAAA